AUGCUGCGGGAAUUUGUUGAACUGUUUUGCAAGCAUUUGCUAAGCUCGGCGCGGACAGGUCGUCGGAAACCCAAACGCGCUGGGCUUCGUGGAGUUGAACGCGGACGUGCACGUGGAACUGGACGAGGGGUUGGACGUGAACGGGGCACUGGACGCGGACGCGGACGUGGGCUUGCUCUCACGAACACGGCAGAACAUGGAACUGAGACUCCUACGUGGACUGCAUACGCACCGAAUUCCGACAACAGACUUCCACCGUAUAAUCCUUUUGCGCCUCCUUCUGCGCCUGCUUUUGCGCCUCCUCCCAGCAACACCGAGACAACCGACACCACCGGCGCAAACUGCCCACACGAACGCACCCAUUUCGACCACGCCAUGGGUUAUAGCGGCAUUGUCAAUCCCCCGUGCUGCCCGGGUUACAUGCCGUUCAAUGAGAUCUAG